GUGGUGGUGGAGGAGAGAGGCUGCGGGGAGGGUCGGUGAGUCGUCGUCAGUGGAGAGACAGGAAACAGUGCCUAGAGUGGUGCCGGAGCCCGUUGAGAUGGCGCUGGAUGACUUGCGACGAAAGAUACCAGAGCCGAAACAGAUGCAUCACUUGAAGACAGCCCCGCAGAAUGGCCCCCAAAACAACAAUGGCCGGACAUAUUAGUAGUGCGGGGUUGCCAGUCAUCUAGCCCCACCCAGCCCUGCCUUUCCGAGCCUUGCCAAGCCCCUGACCCCUGCCCCGGUCCGCCAUGCAAGCCCCACCUAGUUACCCCAGUGGGAGGGCCCUGCGUCGGCGUCUCCACUGCCGCCCUUCCGCCUGUCUCGACACAGAGAGAAACUUUUUGUCUGGGCUGGUGAACGUGGCGGUGGUGGUGGUGGUGUGUGUGGCAGUGUUUGAGCCAAGGUGGUUCUGGAUGGAGGGCGGCGGAUGCUCCACAAAUAGUCUGAGCCUCUACAUCUUCUUCCUCGCUGGGCAGUUUGUCCGGGUCAACACUGGCGCCUCCUCCUCCACCUUCUACCCUGCUCCUGGUGAUGCGCCCUCCUCCUCCGCCUCCUCUUCCUCCUCUGACGCCAGUGCCUCCUAUAUCUACUACAUUGAUGGCCAAGAGCUGGAGCUGUGUGUGACGCCCCACAUCGUGUCGCUGCUGCAGGUGGUGAUUGGCCUGGUGUUCCUGAUGGUGUGUGGUGCCGCGGUGCAACUGACGCUGGAUUUGGCUGGGUCUGCUGGGAAGGCGGCACGGUGUCUUAGGAGGAAUGCCUUACCGAGCAUUGUGGCAGUGUGGGCAUGUGUGGCCAGCGUGGGUGUGUGUUACCGCCUGACAGUACUGCUGGAGGCGUUACAGGAAGCUACCAAGCCACUACACGGCCUCUCCGCUAUGGACAGAGUGCAGGUUAAAUUUGAUGUGGGAUUCUACCUUCUGGUGCUUGGAGGUGGCUUAUCGGUGCUGGCAGUGGGGUGUAGCUGGCUUCGUCCUGCACACAUCUUCCAGCUCCCAGACAGUGCACCCCUUAUGGAAGACUGUGGAUUGGACGGCCUGGACUCCCUCGGUGGGCCUGGAAGUUCUCCUGGUUACCCCUGCCUAAUGGACCGUGAACCCCCACCACCACUAGAAGGCAACCCCCCACCCCCAUACACCCCCUAGAGUGCCAUUGGGGAAGUGCUGGGCCAGAGGAAGCAUGAAAACAGCAUUUGAGUAAUUUUUCCAAGAUUGUGUUGUGUUCAUUUUGCUGAUAGUUUCUCCUCUCUGUGCCUGUGUUCUGCCCCACCACCAAGGCAGACCCCAGACCCCCAGCCCCCAUGUGGGUCAAUCCCUGGGUAGCCCUCAAAGCAAGGUUGUGUAUCGUGUAUCAUGUAUCAUUUCUCCAGUGCCAUUUCGUAUGCUCUAUUUUAAUCUCAAUCUCUCGCUGUCACUCAAGUUUAUUGCCAUUGGUCGCCUGUGUUGUAGUCACAUUGUCUUUUUGAUCGCCUGAAGUUGCCUGAAGGUUUGCCUCAAGUGAAGGGUAUUUCUGUGGGCCCUAAACCCACCAGUGACGUCACAAUCUUCCAUCAUGGUGCCGCAGUGUGCAUGGUGAUGUGAGGUUGUGGGGUUGGUGGUGGCAGGUGCAGCGAGGCAAUAUCUUCUGGGCUUGGUUGUGAUUCAGGUGACUUUCAAAAAUCCUUCUCUCUCUCUCUGUCUCUGUCUCUGUCUGUCUCUCUCACAACAUUCUCAUUUUCGCAGACGUGACUUUGAGGGCGAAAAAAAAUCCCACAGUGACAUCAUUUUUUUUUUUUUUGUGUUAGUUGAGUUGCAGGGGAGUAUAGACUGUAUGCAAAGUGUCGAUAAGAAUCACCAUACUGCCACACACACCACACACUUACCUGGACAGAACACACCCUCGGGAUUUGGUGAGUGUUCUGGCCGCCACUGUCACACUCUGAGGUACACUUCAUUUAUCAGACAGCAGCUCACUCCACCCUGAUCACUCUGUCCACAGUAACACAGCCUUGUAGCCACACCAAAACAGCAACACAGCCACAUCAACACACCAACACACCCACACCAACACAGCCACACCAGCACACCCACACAGUCCUACACACACUCAAGGGAAGGGAAUAUGAAGGGAAGUAACAGUUUUUUCUACAUUCUGAACCCUUUCCUGUGCUAAAAUAUACCCCAAAUCCUUCUAAACCUCCAUAUUAAAGAGUUAAGAGUAUAUAGUAAGGAAGUGGGGUUAGUUUCCUAGAUUCUGAACCCAUAAAAGCAUCCACAAGAAAGAGUUAAGACUAUAUUUUGCAGAGAACAGUGUCAGUUUACUUGAUUCUGAACCCCUUCUGUGCUAAAAACUUACACAAAAUCCUUCUAAGUGUCCAUAAAGAGAUCAGAAUUUAUUUUUUCCCAGGAAGAGGUAUCAGUUUCCUAGAUUCUGAACCCUUUCCUUUGCUAAUAACUAUACAUAAUCCUUCUAAACAUCCAUAAAGAGAGAAAUCUGAGUAUAUUUUUUGCAGGAAAGAGUUAUGAGUUUCUUAGAUUCUGAACCCUCUCUGUGUCAGUUUUCUUAAUUUUAAACCUGUUUCCCUGUGCUAAAAACUCCACAAAAUCCUUCUAAGUGUCCAUAAGAAAGAAAUCAGAAUAUGUUUUGCAGUUUUCGACCAUUAAAACAAGGAGAAAUGUCUUAAUUCGGUCAGUGUUCAAGGAAAGUGGAGUUAAAUACCAGGGAAAAGGUUUAAAUAGCUUUACAGGGUCAUGUGGAAGAAGUUAGUGGGUGCUUUGACAUUACAACAUUCCACAGGGCAAGGAGUGAGUGCCUGUCCUCUUAGUUGGCACUCUGCUGGCCACACAUCGCUUGUCACAUCACAUCAUAGCCGUGGUCCCAGUAAGCCUUCCUGGAGUACCAUCACCAAGUCGCCCUGUCACCAAGUCGCACAUCACUGCACCUCACCAAGGGAUAGGAUAGCUACCCUUCGUCUGCCUCAGUGGCUCAUCACCGCAUGCCUCAGAUUUCAACAGUGCAAGGUCCUCACAGCCAGCCUCUCACUCACUGCCUUUUACUCAUUUUCUCUCAGUUAUUCCUUAAGUAUAUGUCACGUUCAGUUAAGUUAGGCAAAUUAUUCAAGUUUUUGCUCUUUCCAGUCAAUUAUUCACUGUGGUUUUCAUUUUUUGGCUAUUUUUUUUUCCUUAUAUUACGAGUCAUUUUGUCUCGGUUUUUUUUCUUAAGUGUAUGUCACGUUCAGUUAAGUUAGGCAAAUUAUUCAAGUUUUUGCUAUUUCCGGUCAAUUUCAUUUUUCACAUUUCGACUAAUUUUUUUCUCAGUUUUUCGUUAUGUUGUGAGAUUAAGCAAAUUUUUCGAGUUUUUGCUCUUUCCGGUCAAUCAUUCACUGUGAUUUAAAUUUUUUGGCUUCAUUUUUCACAUUAUGACUCAUUUUCUUUCAGUUCAGUUACAUUAAGUCAGUAAUUGGAGGGGUUCUAAAUAUUUCUGGCCAAUCGUUCACUGCAGGUUUAAUUUUAUGGCUUAUCACUCAUUUUUACAUCAGUUUUUGUUCAAGUAUAGGUCACAUUCAAUUAAAUUAAACAAAAUAUUCAAAUUUUUGCUUUUUCUGGCCAAUCAUUCACUGCAGUUUUAAUUUUAUAUCUUAUUACUCAUUUUUACCCCAGUUUUUCCUCAAUCAUUGGUCACGUGCAACAAUAUUAUGCAAGUUAUUGGGGUUCUUCUAUUUCCAGCCCCUCAUUCACUGCUGUUUCAAUUCUACACCUUAUUUUGGCUUUGUUUUUCCCAUUAAGUAUUGUUCAAGUGCAGGCAAGUUAGGCUAAAGUUAGGUCUUGCUAUUCACAGGGAUUAAGUGUCUUGAGUUAACAUUCUUGCCUCAAAAAGUGAUAAAUUGACUUAGUUUCUUCCACUCCUACAUCCACUUAGCAUUGCCAGUGUUGGAAUGUCCCACUGUGAACUAUUUAUUGUCUUGACUCACACCAAAGCUACCACUGUCACUAACUCUCUGACUGGGGUGUGUUUGGGAGGAGUUGAUCUCUUCAGUACCAGGACACACUUUCAUAUUCAUUCUGGUGACUAUUUGGCAAUUUCACACAGCUUCAGAAACUUAUAUUGGGAUUAGAAUUGUAAAGACUCUGGCCAUUAAUCUUCUGACGUCCAUAGAUCCUUCUUAAUGCAAAUAAAAUCAUCUAUGAGUAAUCACACUUAAAAAUCAUGGUAAAAAUGUGUCUCAGUACUGGAGGGUUAGAUCAAGAUGGCAUUUUACAGUAGGCGACUCACACUAGCAAGAUGGCAGUGUAGGAUAGUGUAGGAUGAGUGUAUAGUGAUAGGGGGCAGAUGAGGGCCUUUGCACCUUGGCACCAUCACAUCACACCCAGUCACCCAAGCUCUGGCUAUCACCUCACAUUUCCUCCUUUAGUCAGAGCUUGAGAAGAUGAACAUUUUCCCCUCGGUUGUGCCUCCAUGUUCCUCUUCGUAGCUACUUAGGCCUUGAGCAUAGACCUAUUUUUGUGAGCUGAGUGAUAGGACAAUUGAGUAAGUGAUAGAAGGGAAGGGUCUCGGUGGAAGUGUCAUCAAUGCAGUGCUGCUCGACCAGUGCCGCCUGCUGUCACUGCUGCUUAUGUUUGAGACAUCUGGUGUGCACUUCAAUCAUGCAGGUUCAGUGUGAGCAGGCAAACGUUGAAGCGAGCAGGCACGUUUUGUAAUUCCGCGUAUCUGUGGGAACAUUGCCGGACACUUCCACCUUCUAAUAGUCAAAAAAAAAGAUGUUUGUUGCCUUGAAUUCUAGUAUGUAACUUUGUGUGUAAAAUGUGGUGGAUUCUCUACCUUAUAAUGCCUUGCAGACCAUUUCAUUAUGCACAUUGUAAUCUUAAAACCUUUGGGAAGUACAGCUCUGCCUUGUAACAAUCAGUAACACAAGGGAAGGAAGCCACAGGUCCCAUUAUGCUGUGGCUUUGAGGGUCUCGAGAAUCAGCUAUGUAAACGGAGUGCCUCGCUGCUGUGAAUGUGCAUUAGUCUCCAGCAGCAUGCAAAUCAGUGUGGCUUGUCUUGCAGCAUCUCCAUGUUAACCCACCACUCAGCUAUAUGGAGGCUUGAGUCAGUGUUCAGCUGGCAUGGCUCUGCGUGUUCAGUACCCAAGCAACAUGAAGCACUUGUCGCCUCUACUCAGAUUCUAUGUUCGAUUGGAAUGUGGUAUGUUUGCGUGUGUGUGUGUGUGACAAGUCCCUACUCUUGUCAAUUUCUCAGUCCUGUUUUUCUUCCUCCUCAUUGGAAAACAUGGAAAAUUAUACAAAGAUGAAAUACUGACUUCCAGAUUUAAGCUUUACUCUGAAACACUUCUGGCUGCACCUCCACUACUCCACUACUUUCAUAAGGCUCUAGUUGAAGUAAUACAGGUUUUCAAGAGUGUUUUUUACAGUUGAGUGACAGAUUUACAAGAUUCCUACGCUGUCAGCAGGAGAAACACUUGAGAACCCAGCUGAUCAUGUGUCUGGCCUUGCAGGAUAGUAGUGGUGAGGGCAGAGGGUUUCAUGGUACAGCUUGAUGGAUUAUAAUGCUUAAUUCAUUGUCACUUCAAGAUAUGAGAGUUAGGAAUGAGUAACAAGAUUCGGGUGCUAUAAAUCAGUUUGUUUAUUGCACUGUUGAUUGUCUCUAUUUCAAGAUCUGAGGGUAAAGGAAUGUAACGUCUUUCAAUCUUCAUUCUCUCUGUUCCAAGAUUUGAGUUAGGAAUGAGUAAAAAGAUUUGUGUGUUAUGAAUUAUCUUACUUAAUUUUACUGUUGCUUCUCUGUGUUUCAAGAUUGAUGGUAAAGGAAUGUAGCGUCUUUCAAUCUUCAUUCUCUUUGUUCCAAGAUUUGAGUUUGGAAUAUAACAAGAUCUGUGUGUUAUGAACCAGUUUAGUUAAUUUCACUGUUGGUUCUCUGUGUUUCAAGAUCUGAGGGUAAAGGAAUAUAGCUUCUUUCAACCUUCAUUCUCUAUUCCAAGGUCUGAGUUAGGAAUGAGUAACAAGACCUGUAUGUUAUGAAUCAGUUUGUUUAUUUCACUAUUGGUUCUUUCAACUUUCAUUCUCUCUGUUCCAAGAUUUGAGUUUGGAAUGUAAUAAGAUCUGUGUGUUAUGAAUCAGUUUAGUUAAUUUCACUGUUGCUUCUGUAUCAAGAUCUGAGGGUAAAGGAAUAUAGCUUCUUUCAAUCUUCAUUCUCUUAGUUCCAAGAUCUGAGAGUUAGGAAUGAGUGACAAGAUCUGACAGUUAGGAAUUAAUUUAGUUUAUUUUGCUGUUCAUUCUUAGUUUCACGAUUUGAGUUAGGAAUAGUAGCAAGAUCUGAGGAUUAUGAAUCAAUUUUGUUUAUUUUUACUGUUGAUUCUCUAUUUUGAGAUCAAAGGGUUAGGAAUCAAGUUAGCUUAUUUCUCUUCUCAUUCUCUCCACCUCACAAUCUAAGAAUUUAUUUUUACUGUUGAUUCUCUAUUUCAAGAUCAAAGGGUUAGGAGUCAGGUUAGCUUAUUUAACUGCCCAUUCUCUCCACCUUAUGAUCUGAGUAAGUGUAGCAAGGUCUGAGAGUUGGGAAGGAGUAUGACAUUUCACUGCUCAUUUCCUGUGUUUCAAGAUCUAAGUUGGGAAUUGAGUUAGCUUAUUUCACUGUCCAUUCUCUCCACCUUAUGAUCUGAGAGUUAAGUGUAGCAAGAUCUGAGAGUUAGGAUGGAGUAUGACUAAUUUCACUUCUUUUUUCUUUACUUUACGAUCUGAGUGUUAGGUAUGAUUAGUGUGAAUUUGGUGAUCUUCCUGUGUGACCCGAUGACAGUGCCUGGCUGGUGAGGAGAGGGAGCGGAUGAAGGGUUUUGUGAGGUCGCAAGUCAGGUCAAGCUUGGUGGAUGUGCUUGUCCUUGUGACCUUGCAGUUUGUUGUGUUUUCUGAUGUUUAUUGACAUGUUUAUUAGUUUAAGUCUAAUGAUUAGUGAGUGUUAUUGUACUUCAAAUGUUUUCUUUGUACAUACAGUAUUAUAUAUAUAUUAUGUGAUUUAUAUAGCAAGAUGAGAGGCUACAGUAUUUAUUUUGUGAUUCUGCUUUAUGUUGUGAUUGUUUACAUUCCAUUGUGUUCUCAUUAUACUGUGUUGAGUGAAUGAGAAUGAGUGACUUUCCACCUACACGGCACUCACUCCACCACUCCAGGGAGGCUGUGGCUGCAGCUGUCACCCAUGCUGCACACCUCUGCCACCCCAGUGUGUACCACCAGAGCCAUACCACCACCCCACUUUCUCACCCACUGGUUGGCCUAAGUGUUCCUGUCUUCACCAGUGAUUUGCAUACACAUGUCAUGGCUCCAGGCCUGGCAAUACACACAUUUGUAAGUCUGGAGACAUACAACAGUCCCAACACAAUGCCUUGAAGGAUGUGGUGACUUGAAGCAAAGUCUCACAAAUGAGUUCAAUGGUGUUACUUAAUUCAGAGGUGGUGUUCACUGUUGCUGGAGUGUGGCUUUGUGGCGCACACACAGUCAGGGCUUGGCUGCAGCAGCGGCCUCUUGUGACACACACACACCACACUGUUUGGAGUGUGUGUGUCAGAGAGAACCACUGGUGUUGUGUCCCACUCCUGGUGCCUCUCGUGUGUGUGUGUGUGUGUGUGUGUGUGUGUGUGUGUGUGUGUGUGUGUGUGUGUGAGAGGGGCAGGCUGCCAGUACUGCCACACAGUGUUGUGGGGGAGGAGCACACUUCUCCUGCUGCUGCUGCUGCUGCAGGUCUUGUUAGUCAGAGUACCUUGUGAUACAAUCUUGCUUAGACAUAUUUUCUCUAACAAUAAAAGGUUAAUGUGAUAAUUCAUUAGCAAGUAUGCAUA